CAGGCGCUGGCGUAGAGUAGCCUUUGCGGUGGGAUGGGUGCGGUGAAGAGCAAGAGCACCGACGAGGCACCGCCCGCCAUCAACGGCCAGGUGCUCGACGUCGUCUAUCGCGACGAGCGCUGGAUCUCGGCAACCUCAGGAGGACGGCCCGGUUCUUCAGCAAGGUCGACUUCCCUGCCGAGGUCCUCCGCAAUCGCCUCAACCGCUCCCUGCAUCGCAUUCGCCUCGCUGACGGGACGCGCCUGGAUGCCGUGCUGACGUUUGACACUCAGUCGGUGGUCGGGGCGCAGCUGCUGCUGGCGCCCAUCUGGAUGGUGGAAGAGCAGAGGUGGGACGAGGCGGCUGAGGCGCUGCAGCUGGCCAGCCAGUUUGGCUUGUGCACGCUGCCUCUCAACCUGACGGCAGAUGACAUCAACACACACGCCAGCAAGACGGUAAGGCACACACACAGAGGGGGGAGAGAACAGAGAGGCCUCACCCAUUCCUCUGCGUGUGUCUGGUGUGGGUAGGCGUAUAGAUCGGUAGCUCGUGUGUUGGCGCAGCUCAUGGUGGUCGGCCGCCACGUGGCCUUCGGUGACGGCAGCUGCCUGCAGAUCGUCCGCCAUGCCAAUGGCGAGGUGCGGACCAUCAAAGACCAGCCCGGCUUCCGGCUGACCGUCGACCCGCCCCUCCCUGCCCACCAUCAUCUGUAUCAGCAGCAUCGCCUACAGCAUGACCCCCCGGUGCGCAGCCGCGGCGCCUUCUGGGACAACAACGGCGGAUGGCGGUCGGGCGGUGGCCCGCUCGAUAUCACCGAUGCGUCGAUGUCGUCGUUGGCCAAGAGGAUGGUCCUCAGCCACUUCAACGCGACUCGCAGGGGGCAAAAUGGCACAUCGAUACGACUCAACAGGUAUCACACCAAUGGCAGCAGUGGGGGAGAGGGGUGCGUGUGUAAUAUUGUGUGUGUGUGUGCGUGGUUGGUUGGUUGGUUCAGGCGUGUUGGUGGGGGCCGUCUGGAUGGCCUCCUGACGCAGUCGCCCCACACACCAGUGGCCGGAUGCACCACCACGUUCGGCCAGAAAGGUAGUGUGCGGAUUCUGGUGCUCACCGAUAGCAGCCACACCUUCGUCGCGUGGAUUACCAUUGUGGAUAUGAGAAACGACGGUCAGGCCGACAGACAGGCAGCUCUGCCGGUCAAUGUCAUCACUGUUUUCUCUCUGUGAUUGUCUGCAGUGUACGUCAGCGUUUUGACGACCGAGGCGCCUGUGUGUGUGAGCAGUGCCUUCAAGGACCGCUUCCCCGUCACCACUCAGCUGGCGCGUGUGGCGCUGGGGCGAGUGGGGCCAUACGUCUUCGACGGCCAAGUACACGAUGACAGCGACGAUGAUAGCGGUGCGGACAGAGGAGGGAGGGACACACACACAUGGUGGCGAUGGAUGGAUGGAUGGAAUUCUUCUCUGUCUGUCUUUGUGUUUGGUGUAGAUUCCGACGGCCAUGGCGGCGGUUGGGAUGACAUGGACGACGACAGCGACGGAGAGGGCAGCGGAGGUACAAAAGGAGGAUGGCACACAGCACACCACAGAUGGACCCACACCGACCCGCAUAACACGUGUGUGUUUGUUUGUUUGUUUGUCUACUUGACAGGGGAGGAUGCCUCAGCUGAGGAGGAGAUUAGCGCUAACGACGGCAACGCAUCGCCAUGAUAGCACACACACAGACCGAUCUCAAUACUCACUGGUGCACCACAGACACACUGCAAUGUCAUCGGCUGGUGCCAUGCCUGCCUCCCUCUCUCUCUGUGUGUGUUGUGGUCAGGAGAGUGGCGGAGUGCUGGCUGCCGUCCUCUCUGUCUGUAGCUCGCUGCCGGUGUGGAUUCGCCGCUGAUGUCGACGCAAUGGACCGAAUGGCUGUG